GCCGUGGGCGCUGCCCCCCCCCCCCCCGCAGGACACUUCACGUCGGCCGAGGACCUGAACCUGCUGAUCGCCAAGAACACGCGGCUGGAGAUCUAUGCGGUCAGCGCCGAGGGGCUGCGGCCCGUCAAGGAGGUGGGCAUGUACGGCAAGAUCGCCGUCAUGGAGCUCUUCCGCCGCAAGGGGGAGACCAAGGACCUGCUGUUCAUCCUGACAGCCAAGUACAAUGCCUGCAUCCUGGAGUACAAGCAGAGUGGGGACAGCAUGGACAUCAUCACCCACGCCCACGGCGAUGUGCAGGAUCGUAUUGGUCGUCCCUCUGAAACGGGUAUAAUUGGCAUCAUUGACCCAGAGUGCCGGAUGAUUGGACUGCGACUCUAUGAUGGCCUUUUCAAAGUCAUCCCUCUGGAUCGUGACAACAAGGAGUUAAAAGCCUUUAACAUCCGUCUGGAGGAGCUGCAGGUCAUCGAUGUCAAGUUUCUCUAUGGCUGCCAGGCCCCUACCAUCUGCUUUGUUUACCAGGACCCCCAAGGCCGCCAUGUCAAGACAUACGAGGUGUCUUUGAGAGAGAAGGAGUUUAACAAAGGUCCCUGGAAGCAAGAAAACGUAGAGGCCGAAGCAUCCAUGGUGAUUGCAGUGCCUGAGCCUUUUGGAGGUGCUAUCAUCAUUGGGCAGGAGUCCAUCACAUACCACAAUGGCGAUAAAUAUCUUGCUAUAGCUCCUCCCAUCAUCAAGCAAAGUACAAUUGUAUGCCACAAUCGUGUGGAUGCCAACGGGUCCCGUUACCUCCUGGGGGACAUGGAGGGUCGUCUCUUCAUGCUGCUUCUGGAGAAGGAGGAACAGAUGGAUGGCACAGUCACCUUGAAGGACCUGCGAGUGGAGCUGCUUGGGGAGACGUCCAUUGCGGAGUGUCUGACCUACCUGGACAAUGGUGUUGUUUUUGUUGGCUCUCGGCUUGGGGAUUCCCAGCUUGUGAAGCUCAAUGUGGACAGUAAUGAACAGGGCUCCUAUGUGGUGGCCAUGGAGACCUUCACCAACCUGGGCCCCAUUGUGGACAUGUGUGUGGUUGAUCUGGAGAGACAAGGCCAAGGGCAGUUGGUAACAUGCUCUGGUGCCUUUAAGGAGGGCUCCCUGAGGAUCAUCAGGAAUGGGAUUGGGAUACAUGAGCAUGCCAGCAUUGACCUACUGGGGAUUAAAGGUUUGUGGCCCCUGAGGUCAGACUCUCAUCGUGAAACUGAUAACACCUUGGUGCUUUCUUUUGUCGGCCAGACGAGGGUUCUGAUGUUAAAUGGAGAGGAAGUGGAGGAAACAGAGUUGACAGGAUUUGUAGAUGAUCAACAGACCUUUUUCUGUGGCAAUGUGGCCCAUCAACAACUAAUCCAGAUCACAUCCGCUUCUGUGCGGCUGGUAAGCCAAGAGCCCAAAGCCCUGGUGAGUGAAUGGAAAGAGCCCAAUGGAAAGAACAUCAGCGUGGCUUCCUGUAACAGCAGCCAGGUGGUGGUGGCUGUGGGGCGAGCACUAUAUUACCUGGAGAUCCAUCCGCAGGAGCUCAGCCAGAUAAGCUGCACAGAAAUGGAACAUGAAGUGGCGUGCUUGGAUAUCACGCCCUUGGGGGACACAAACGGCAUGUCCCCUCUGUGUGCCAUUGGCCUGUGGACUGACAUCUCUGCCCGUAUCCUAAAGCUGCCUUCGUUUGAGCUGCUGCACAAGGAGAUGCUGGGAGGAGAGAUCAUUCCCCGCUCCAUUCUGAUGACCACCUUUGAGAGCAGUCAUUACCUUCUUUGUGCCCUGGGUGACGGGGCUCUUUUCUACUUUGGGCUCAGCCUUGAGACUGGGUUGCUGAGUGACCGUAAGAAGGUGACCUUAGGUACCCAGCCCACUGUCCUAAGGACCUUCCGUUCUCUCUCCACCACCAAUGUCUUUGCCUGCUCUGAUCGCCCCACCGUGAUCUACAGCAGCAACCACAAGCUGGUCUUCUCCAAUGUCAACCUCAAGGAAGUGAACUACAUGUGCCCCCUCAACUCAGAUGGGUACCCUGACAGCCUGGCAUUAGCCAACAACAGCACCCUGACAAUCGGCACCAUUGAUGAGAUCCAGAAGCUGCAUAUCCGUACAGUUCCCCUGUAUGAAUCCCCCAGGAAGAUCUGCUACCAGGAGGUGUCUCAGUGCUUUGGCGUACUCUCAAGUCGCAUUGAGGUACAGGAUGCCAGUGGGGGCACCACUGCACUUAGACCCAGUGCCAGCACCCAGGCCCUGUCCAGCAGUGUCAGCUCCAGCAAGCUGUUCUCUAGCAGCACUGCCCCACAUGAGACCUCCUUUGGCGAGGAGGUGGAAGUGCACAAUCUACUCAUCAUAGACCAGCACACCUUUGAAGUGCUGCAUGCUCAUCAGUUCCUGCAGAAUGAAUAUGCCCUAAGCUUGGUGUCCUGCAAGCUGGGUAAGGACCCCAACACAUAUUUCAUCGUGGGGACAGCCAUGGUGUAUCCUGAGGAAGCGGAGCCCAAGCAGGGCCGCAUUGUUGUCUUCCAUUACUCUGAUGGAAAGCUGCAGAGUCUGGCUGAGAAGGAAGUGAAAGGGGCUGUGUAUUCUAUGGUGGAGUUCAAUGGCAAGCUCUUAGCCAGCAUCAACAGCACGGUCCGUUUGUAUGAGUGGACUGCAGAAAAGGAGCUGCGCACAGAGUGUAACCAUUACAACAACAUCAUGGCUCUCUAUGUGAAGACCAAGGGGGACUUCAUUCUGGUUGGAGAUCUGAUGCGCUCUGUCCUGCUUCUAGCCUACAAGCCAAUGGAGGGAAACUUUGAGGAGAUUGCCCGAGACUUUAAUCCAAACUGGAUGAGUGCUGUAGAGAUCUUGGAUGAUGACAAUUUUUUGGGAGCAGAGAACGCCUUUAACCUGUUUGUGUGCCAGAAGGACAGUGCCGCCACAACUGAUGAGGAACGCCAGCACUUGCAGGAGGUGGGGCUGUUUCACCUGGGGGAGUUCGUCAAUGUUUUCUGCCAUGGUUCCUUGGUCAUGCAGAACCUGGGCGAGACGUCCACACCAACACAGGGCUCAGUGCUUUUUGGCACGGUCAAUGGGAUGAUUGGGCUGGUGACCUCGCUGUCUGAAAGCUGGUACAACCUCCUCCUGGAUAUGCAGAACAGGCUCAAUAAGGUCAUUAAGAGCGUGGGCAAGAUUGAGCACUCCUUCUGGAGAUCAUUUCACACUGAACGCAAAACGGAACCAGCCACAGGGUUCAUCGAUGGUGACUUGAUUGAAAGCUUCUUGGACAUCAGCCGCCCCAAAAUGCAGGAGGUUGUGGCAAACCUACAGAUUGAUGAUGGCAGCGGCAUGAAGAGGGAGGCCACCGUGGAUGAUCUGAUCAAGAUUGUGGAGGAGCUGACCCGGAUCCAUUAGUAGGAUUUGGAGUUGUCCCCUAGCACCUUCCUCCAUGUAGAAAAUGGAGUCUUUUCCCACCUGCAGCCGGAGGCCCCUCUCCAGUUGCACUAUGACACCAGAGGAUGGUGGUUACUUGCCUGGGUGGAAGUAAGGAAACCUCUUUGACCCGAAGUCAUCUUGCCAAGGGCUUGGCGGAUGCAAUAUUGGGCAGGCGCCAUGUCAUUUCCUGCUUGGACUCACCAAUCCUGUGGAUCUGAGCUCCCAACCCCAGGCUUGUGAUGGCAGAUUGCUCCUUUUGGGUAAAUUGCUAGUGCUUGGCUUCUGGGGUGUCGCUGCCUAAAUUCCCCUGUGACUUACCCGUUCACUGUUGUCCUUAGUAUCUUUUUAUUUGAAGGGGGAGGGAGGGUUGCAUUUAUUGUGUUUUGAAGUGAAAGCUGACUCUGUCUCCAUUGGGGCCUGUGGAGGGAUUGGAACAGGGGUGGACAAAAUACGGCCCACAGGCUGGAUACAGCCUGCCAGGUGAUUGGAUCUGGCCCAUGGAUGCCUCAGCAGUUCUCCACAUGGGUCCAUGCCCUGCCCACUCGCACUGGGGUAGCCCUGCCCACUCGCACCAGGCUCCCACUGCUGCCCACUAGCCCAGGCCGUGGCAAAUGCACAGCUUCUGCUGGAGUUAUUCCUAGUGUGGCUGCAGCUGAGUGCUGCUCUGUGCUCCCUGCCUCCAGCAGAGGCUCCUGCAUUUCAUCCUCCCCCCAGCCACACUAAGUGAGCAGUUUCAGCUGGGCAGCUCCUACCUCAGUUCGCAAGGCUCCAGUUUCAGCUCCCAGCCACUUUGGGAUGGAAGGAAGCCAGGAUCUGGAGCCAGAGCCCCACACACCUGCUGGGAGUAGCACAGCACAGUGGGGCAAGAGUGAGAGGAGGACCUGCUGCUGGAGGUUGUGGGGUACAGAGAAGCACCCAGCUGGCUGCAGCUACACUUAGUACAGCCCACCAGAAGCUGCUCCUGCCCCUGCUGCGCUGUGCUAUGCCGCACCAUUCCAGGUGGGUGGGCGAGCAGCUUCAACUGGGUGGCUCCUGCUCCAGCGCCAGGACUCUGGCUUCAUUCAGCUCCUGGCUGCCCUCCCUGGAGAUGGAGCCAGAGCCCCGUGUACUGGGGCAGGAGCAGAGCAGCUUCCAGUGGGCUGUUCCCAGGACAGCUGCAGCCAGCCAGGUGCUGUUCUUUGCCCCCCAGCUUCUGCACCCCCUGCCUUCAGCAGCAGCUCUUGCUUCUGCUGCACCGUACCACACCACUCCUGGUGGGUGUGGGGCUCCAGAUGCUGGAAAUGGAGGCAGGGGACUCAGAGCAGCACCUGCCCAGGCUGUGGGCACCAGCGCAAGCACAGUGCAGGCUGCCCUGGUGAGAGCAGGUGGGGUUUGGCCCCAUGUGGAGUGCCACUGGGGCAGCAUGGACACUGCCCAGGGCAGCUCUGUGCGUGCCCCCUGCCUCCUCCCAUCCCAACCACAGCAGGCUCCUGGGACCUAGGCAUUGCCCCCCUCCACACACAGACAUAUACAGAGGCACAGGCCCCCCUCCACACCCCACAGAGCAGGGGCAUGUGAUCCCAGUCCCUCCCACCGCUCUCACUUCACUCAACACUGCUCCCACCCGCCCACAGCCCCAUAGGGAGUUUUGGUCAGUUGUUGGUGGGGGUGGCAGUCCUGACACAGCCCAUAACAGCUGAUCAAAAUUCCCUAUGUGGCCCUUGGGCCCAAAUAAUUGCCUACCCCUUGGCUGGAAGGUCAUCUCUGGUACUGGGGUGCCCGGGGUAACACCUGUGUCGGCUUGCAGAGGUGCCUGUUUGUCUGGGUAGUGAAGCUGAGAGGGUGGAGAAGGACUCUCUCUCCCCUCUCCCCCCUACCCACCGCAGCCCCCCACAGGAUUCAUGGGUCACUCAGGGAGGAAGGGCCUGGAAAGCUAAAUCAGCGGUUGGUUUCAGAGUUUUACCAAAUAAAGUAGAGUCCAAGAGGAAA